AUAUAUAAUAUUGUAAACAGUGCUUUUUGUACAUUGCAGUGAUAUAAGUUCUAGUCCAGAUGGAAUCCAGCAUACUGAUGUUUUAAAAGCAGCUGACAUAACGAGGGGAAAGGAAAUAGUUGUCACAUUAAAAGCUCAUCAAUAAAUAACAUAUUUGGUUACAUUGAUGCAAUAUUGUCCCCAUCCUCAUAUCAAUGGGUAACAGAUUUAGGAUAAACCAUAUGUACACUUGCAUUCAAAUACUGCAUCACCUUGCUAAUGGAGGAAUAACAUACUAAACCUCACAGAACAGUUUACAAGAAGAAGAAGAAAGAAUACUAAGGAAUAUGCUUUUUUCUUAGGAUUUGCUGUAAUUGCUUUUUUCAAUUUUAGCGACUAGUCAGGUAUUUUCCAACUCUAUUCAUAUUUUGCAAAAGCCAGAAUUAGGGCUGUUGGUGUUUGCUGCCCACCCCUUGGGUUGGGGCCCAGGUUAGUCAUACAGAGAUCUGGUCCUAAAAUAUAGAUGACUUGAUCCCCCAGUAUACCAAUACAAUCUAGCUAAAAGUCUCUGAACUGGAAAAUAAUUAGUCUUUCAAAAGCAUCAAUACUGCAGGCCACCCAGACUGACAACAGUCUUAAAUAUGUUAAUCUACCUAAGUUUGUUUAGAUUGUUACUUUUUGGAGCUAUGAUUCUAAUCAGAAAGUGCAGAAAAUUGAUAAGGUUUAUGGUAAAGAAUGGCAUUAAUGCCUUCUGGCUCUACAAUCAAAACUACUUCAUUUCAUUGAUAGUUGAGUGUUCAAAACCACUGUCUCCAAUUUUCUUUUACAAUAUCCAUGAUAGAAGUUCAUCAUCUAUCUGGACUGUGAUUUUUUUUUUUCAAGUAAACAUCAAUUUGUGGGGAAAGAGAAUUUUCCCAAAUAUUAGGGAACCAGUUUGGUGUAGCAAUUAAGGUGCUAGCCUAGAAACGAGAUUGUGAGUUCUAGUCCCGUUUUAGCUAUGCUAACGCCUGGGUGACUUUUUGCCAGUCACUCUCAUGUGGUUGUUGUUGGGGGAAAAAUAGGAGGAAGGGGUAUCGAUAUAUUUGCCACUUUGAGUUGUAUAUUUUUUUAAAAAGACAAGAUAAAAAUCUAAAAAACAAUAGCUAUUUUUAAUAUUUUAAUAUUUUUUAUAAAUAUUAAAUUGCCUUGGUAUCUUCUAAACAUUAGCAAUGAAGUGCAUCAGAAUUUUCCCUGAAAUUUAUGUCAAAGAAUGAGAUCUGCUUUCCUUUAUGAGCAGGAAGAAAUAUUCUCAUUGUUCUCAGAAAUGUGAAAAAUAUAUUAUUUUAAAAUUAUACUUUUUUUAUCAUCCUCUGCAGAGUAUUGGGAAGGGGUCUUUGUGGUGUAUAGACCCAGAAUAUAGACAAAAUCUUAUCCAGGCUUUGAAAAAGACACCCUAUCACCCGUAUUCCCAUGUGUUCAGCACACCUCCAGCAUCUCCUCAGGCAUAUCAAAGCACAUCCAGUCCACCCAUUUGGCCAGGAAGCACCUUUAUCAAGAGAAAUGGAGCUCUUCUGCAAGAUCCUGACAUUGAUGCUGCCACUGCCAUGAUGCUUUUGAAUACUCCCCCUGAGAUACAAGCAGGUUUGCCACCUGGAGUGAUACAAAAUGGAGCUCGCAUUCUGAGUAGAGGAAUUUUCCCAGGAGUUAGACCACUGCCAAUAAACCCUAUUGGAAACAUGGCUGCAGCAGUAAGGAAUGGAAUAGCAAAUUGCCGAAUGAGGACAGAUAGCGAGCAGUCGUGUGGUUCUCCAUUGGUGAGUGGUGACCCAAAGGAGGAUCAUAACUAUAGCAGUGCCAAAUCUUCCAACCAUAGGAGCACAUCACCCACUAGUGAUUCUGUUUCCUCUUCUUCUGCUGAUGAUCAUUAUGAAUUUGUCUCAAAAGGCAACCGGGACAGUAGUGAGGGCAGCGAGGUCAAUUUCCAUAGCCACGAGAGCCAUAGUGAGGCAGAGGAUGAGAGCAAACGGCAAAACCGAAAAGAGACCAAGGAUUCUGUAGCUGAUAGCGGGGUCCCCUCUCAGCACAAGAAACGUCAGCAUUUAUUGAAGGCGAAAAAAGUACCGAGUGACACACUGCCUCUUAAAAAGAGACGCACAGAGAAACCACCGGAGAGUGAUGAUGAGGAGAUGAAAGAAGCUGCUGGAUCACUCCUGCAUUUGGCAGGAAUUCGAUCUUGUUUGAACAACAUCACCAAUCGGACGGCAAAGGGACAGAAAGAGCAAAAGGACAUGACGAAAAAUGAGAACAAAUCCAUUGACUGAACUUAUAAAACGAUUUUGUUUCAGCACGUCAGGUGAAUUCUA